AUGCAAGUGCAACCAACUCAGAUGACACACAAAGGGGUGGUUAUCCGCAGCGCCAACAAGAGCACUGACACUGACCUGCUGGGUCAUGAUGCCUGGGUGGCGAGAGUGGAACACAACGAUCACAACACACUAGACGAAUGUCUUAGUGUAAUCGAAUUUCAUUCGGGAAGUUUGCGGCAUUUGCGACUGAGCGAGCCCAGGUUUCGAGACACUUAUCCUGUAAAGCUCCGUGACAUUUGGACAAGCUCGUCGCGUGCGAUUGUGGCAGAGUCUUCUAGCCCUGCGCAUGCUGUGGCCCGCACAGGCUACCAGAGUUUCGGCAGUCUUUUUGGGGUGAGGCCCCCCGAAUGGCGCUUCGCGCCGGGGGCCAUGCCCCCGGUGUUCACUGCUGCAAUCAGUCAGUCUGUCUGUCAUGUCUUGCUCGAUAAAGUUACGUUCAAAAGCUACAUCAACUCUUUAUCGAUUGGCCAAAGGAGAAAAUUCAGAUAA